AGUCAGUUUUCUAACCACAAAAGUUGUUUAGAUUGAGAACUUUUUAAUAAAAUUGCAAUAUUUGCAACGAAUGCUAUAUAUUACCUCACUUUUUAUAAUAUAGUGUAGAUAUUUCUAAAUUGCUAGACCAAUUAGUAGUUGAGUUUUGUACAAAACGGCCAUUCGAACCUAUAAUUAUACACAGAUUAACUAAGAGCACUGAUUAUUUUUCUCAAGUUUUGAAGUGUUUUAGUUAUUAGAAAAGUUAUUAUAUCGAUGUUUUAUCCUACGAAACUCUUUGCUUUUGGAAGAUAUUAAAAGUUAACCUUUGCUGCUCCUACAGUUUAAAUAAACAAGUGACUGCAAUCAAAUUGGAUCUAAAGCUAGCAAAAUGCAUCUUUCCAGAGCACUGGACUAUUUAAUAUUUUUUGUUUGAGGUGCAAAUGAUGUCAGCAGUCAGCGGUGAGCCCCUGCUGCGACGUGUCAAACAAGAAGCCGAACCGCCUCCGCAGUACUCGCCCCCGGAGCAGCAGCCCAGACCGAUGCCAAUGAUGCAGCCGUGUGACUUAGACAUAGAGCCAAAGGAAGAGAUCAAGUUCUGCGUGUCUCCCGGCGAGGGCAGCCUGGUGGGGAACGCUAGCCCCGAGCAGCAGCACUGCUCGUCCACAACAGCCGCCGCGGCGAGCGGCGCGAGGGAUGACGACGCGCCGCGGAGGGUGUGCCUCGUGUGUGGCGACGUCGCGUCCGGCUUCCACUACGGCGUCGCCAGCUGCGAGGCAUGCAAGGCGUUCUUCAAGCGCACUAUACAGGGCAACAUAGAGUACACGUGCCCCGCGUCCAACGAGUGCGAGAUAAACAAGCGGCGGCGCAAGGCGUGCCAGGCGUGCCGGUUCCGCAAGUGCCUGCGCACGGGCAUGCUGCGCGAGGGCGUGCGGCUGGACCGCGUGCGCGGCGGCCGCCAGAAGUACCGGCGUGCGCCCGACCAGCCCGCGCCCGCGCACCCGCGCCCGCAGCUCGACGACAUCAAGGUGUUAGAAGCCCUAUUGUCAUACGAGCCGGAACUGCUGACGUGCGCCGCGCCCCCCGCCGGAGUGACGGACCCCACGGCGAGGACGCUUGCCCUGCUGGCGGACCUGUACGAUCGGGAGCUUGUGGGCGUUAUUGGCUGGGCCAAACAGAUACCGGGCUUCACGGAGUUGACUCUGAAUGACCAGAUGCGGCUGCUGCAGAGCACGUGGGCGGAGAUGCUGAGCCUGAUGCUGGCGUACCGCUCGCUGGCGGGCGGCGCGCCGCUGCGCCUGCGCUUCGCCGCCGACCUCGCGCUGGACGAGGCGCAGGCGCGCGACCUCGGCGCGCACGACCUCUACCUGCAGAUAGCGGGCGUGGCGCGGCGGCUGGAGCGCGCGGCGGCGCUGCGCGAGGAGUGCUACCUGCUGAAGGCGCUGGCGCUGGCCAACAGCGAGGCGCGCAUCGACGAGCACGCGGCGCUGCGCCGCUUCCGCGACACCAUCCUCGCCGCGCUCAACGACGCCGUCUCCGCGCUCAGGCCGUGCAACGCGAACGGCGCGCUGCAGCAGCUGCUGCUGGUGCUGCCGGCGCUGCGGCUGGCGGACGUGGCCGUGCGCCGCUUCUGGGCGGCCGUGCACCGCGACCGCCGCGCGCCCAUGAACAAGCUGUUCGUCGAGAUGCUCGAGGCGUGCCUGCGGUAGACCGCCAUCGCGACCCGCUACGGGGACCAGCUGCAGCGGGCAGACAGGGUGUGAAUUGAGAUCCAGUGCGGCCACCAGAUGCAGCUGCAAGCAUAGGCUCCAUGGCUGUUGCUGCUGCUAAGACGUACAGCACGAAAAAUCUGCUUCAGAACUGUUGGUGCAAACUAAUGGCUGAUAAGGUUAAUUAGGAAGGAGAAAUCAGAUGUUACAUGUGCUGUUGGACAAUGGUAAAGAAAAUAUAAUAUAUGAUAUAGUGUCAUGUGCUGUCGGUCUGUGAGCCCUUCAUCAAUGCUGGAACGUCAUGAGCCAUGCUGGUCUCAAAGAUGAUAAUAUAAUGUGGGUUGCAAUGAGCACUGUGCUGUAAAGCUGGUUUGGACUACACGGUUGAUUAUUAGCCCGAAGUAUACCUGCCACUAGCGCUGGUGGCUAAAAUCGGAAUUAAAAUGGUGAACUGUAAUAGGUUCGUAGUGUUAUAAAGGUUGUGUACAAGAUUUUAGACUUGAAGCGUUACUACAGCAUAAUAUAGACAUGCAUGUGAACUGUGGUUAAAUGGUUAUGGUCGAUCUGAAGAGUUGGUAAAGUGGAAAUAAUCUUUUUAGAUUGCUGUCAGUGUACAGAAAUCAAAUUAAAUACCUGUCCUGGUCCAUAGCUGAUGGUGUAUAAAGUUUUAGACUUUGAAUGUGUAUACAUAGGUGGGGAGACGGUAAAUAAUUUUAAUUUUUUGUUUACGGUUAUGAGUAGUGUUUAAGAUAACUAACAAUGGCUGAAAAUGUAAAUCAAAUGAAAUCAAAUCAAUAUACACUACACUGAUAAUAUAAUAAUAAAAAUGACACAUAAUUAUAACUAAAACAACACAUUAAUCCACAUUGUCUUUGUUAUGGUUACUAUGUUAAAGAUUUUUUUUUAAUUAUCUGUAAUUCUGUAUGAAUGUAAGGUUUUUUUUUUACAUUUUCUGCCCAUGUUAAAAACACAGAAUAAAUGUGUGCCUCAGGUUGCUAUUUUAUGACUUUUACGCUUUUUGUCAAGCAAUAAAUAAUUGUCUAAUAUUAUGUUAUUCUACAAAAUGAUUUUAGAUAUGUUUUUCAUUUCAAUUUUCGUAUAAAACGUAAAAGUUGUAAAUAGCUCCUAGAAGCUCCUUUCUUUAUACAUUUGUGUUGUGUAAUGCGGAGACGCGAUAUGCACCAUAUCAUUAAUGUAAUAUUAUUGCAUUUAACAGGUUGGGUUUUUGAAAAAACAGUAGUGUAACUUUCAUUACUAUAGAGCCUAUGUGUAUCUCUUGGAGGUGCCUGUAUUUUUAUCAAUUAAAUAACACAAACUUAUUUGAGCUUGUAUAUUUAUACAAACAUCACAUUUUCUCUGUACGAUUUAUGAAUGAAUCGUUCACUUUUCUCUUUAGUUAUAUGUGUAAAAAAUUGUUAACGUUAAGUUUGACGAUUAGAGUUAGAAUUUCAACGAAAAAUAAUGGAUUAUGAUCGUUGCAGAUGUGAAUUUGUGUUAACAGACUUUGAGUCUGAUAAAAUGGCUGUGAAGACACGAUCAAAAUUGAAUAAAAACACUUUUUAGGUUACAUUUGGCGGGAAAAUAGAUAUCGCGUCCCCGCGCCGUUAAUGUACAAAAUGGACGGAUUUAGUACAAAACUUGUUACUAUUUUUGUAUAAUAUUAAAAAUAUACAUAGUUUUACCUGCGGUGAGGAUAUGAGAUUAAACGAGGUCGGAGAAGAAUCCAAUAUGGUUAGUUUUUAAUUUUUGUUAUGGCUUGCUGAAUAUUAUUUUGUUAGUUUGUAAUUAUCACGUUUUUUCCUUGUUACAAACAACAAAUUAGUUAACAUUAUGUUGUAAGCAUUUAUUUUAAUUUUCCAUGCAUUCUCUCUUCGACCGUUAAGUCAUGAAGAAUACAAGAUGUUUUCGGCGAUAUAAGUCGGUUUCUAUCAAUUUUUAACUGACAUUGAAAUCACAAAGUGAUGAAAUGAAUUUCCCCUAUCUAUAUUUCUGAUAGAUCUCCUGAUAUUUACAUAAUCGAUGAAGAUUUAUUUAAAGAAGAACUAUUUUUACAGCUGUUCCACGUAUACGAUAUAUAUAUUAUGUCCUUGUAUGAUUCAGAUAGUAUAUUUUUAAUGGGUAAUUAUUAAUGUUAUAUGACUUAAAAUAUCUACUAUUCCUACGAAUAUAUGUACAUAUAAACGUUAUAUAUUUAAAAUAGAUAUAUGGGCAGUGGAACAGUAUUAUAAAUAAUAAAAUACCUCAGUAAUCUGUUACCAUACACAAGUGUCAUUUAAAAAUAUAAAAAUACCGCGAACAGUCAAUAUAGGAUCUGAGUGUCGCUUUAUUUUGUAGUAUAAGUAUUUUUAUGAAACCGUUUUGAUGACAUUUGGUUACGAUGAUAAAGUUAGUUAUAUACAAAUCAUUGUUUAUAUAGAGGUUGUAAAAAUUAUGAUUUUAGUUGAAAAAAUAAAACCGCUCCAAGUUUUUCAAAUGGUCAAAUCUAAUGAAGUACAAAAAAUAAUUACGGUUGCUGUAUUUUGAAAUUACAGUGCGUAAAUUUAAGACGAAUCCAUUUGCCAGACUUUAGCGGGAAAAAAAAUAACCGUAUAAACAUAGUUAGUACGGUGGGUUAAUUUCCAGUGAAUGUUAUAUAAAGCGUCCUUUAGUUAUUCUUAUGUUAAGAAUAUUUGAUAUAUUUAUAGUUAGUAUGUAACUAAGUUCUCGCUGGUGCGAUGCAAGCGGGUGUGAUACUUGUACAAAGUGUGCGAUGUGCCAGAUUAGGUUUUAAGUUUUAUCUUUUUUUUUUCCAUUUAAUCUGUGGUCGUUCGGAAUUUGAUCGCGUUUUUCAUAAAUCGAAACAACGAAGUGCAUUGUGUAUAUUGAAUAUUCAUAUUUCAAGGAUUACAGAUUAAAUAUUUAUUAGUACGUGAACUUCGUGUCUUAUUUUUGUAAUGAAUGACGUAUGUUUGUUUACACAAUGUAAUUUGAUGGUGUUGCGGAGUGCUCAUGGGCGGCGGUGUUCGCUUAUUCAUUCUGUGGCCUGCUUCUCGUGAGUCUAAUCUCCCAAAAUGUUAUCAGGUGAUAUGGGCCUGGAAAAAUGUGAAAUAAAUUA